UUUGUACAUUACUAUACUUUUAUGAUUUUAGAGCAGCAGCAUGUGAACAGGACUUUUAUUUUGGUCUCCCGGUAUGACGUCACACAGCCGCGUCGUGCUCCUGCAUCUGUUGUGAUUCGGCUGAAGAAAGAAAAACUCCUGGUGAAGCGACUGAGAUCCACGUGACACACUAUUAUAAAGAUGGCGUUUAUUAAAGUGGAGAGUGAAGACAUGAAGAUUGAAGAAACAUUCAGAGUGAAACAUGAAGAUACUGAGGAACAAACAAAGAUGACAUUUAUGAAAGAGGAGAGUGAAAACAUGAGGAUUGAAGAAACAUUCAGAGUGAAACAUGAAGAUACUGAGGAACAAACAAAGACGAUGUUUAUUAAAGAGAGUGAAAACGUGAGGACUGAAGAAACAUCCAGAGUGGAACAUGAAGAAACUGAGGAACAAACAGGUGCAAAGACAGGAACGGAAAAAACAUACAAAGGUAGACGACAGACAACAAAGUUGCCUAGUCAAAAGGAUUGCCAUACAUGCAAGGAAAAAAUUGGGGUAGCAAGAAAGAUGUGUCCACACUGCGGUGCCAAACAGCCUUAUAAGCAGAAGCUUGAGGAAAGAAAGAAAAAUCUUGCCCAAGAGUGGAAAGACCAGCAGAAAAACCCCAGCACUGUGAGCAAGGUGUAUGAAGCAACAGAACUACUGCUCCACAAGUGGGACCUUUUGGAAAGGUACCCAGUCCUCCUCCUUGCCAGGAAAACCAAUAAAGGUUUUUCAGCUGAGUGCUUCUGUCCAUGGCAAAUGAACUCAGAGGAGACUCAGGAUGCAUGUGUCACCAUAAAGAAGCAGUAUGAAAGUCUUCUUAAUGUGGUGAUCGCCGAUAAACUAGCAAGCAGCAAUGGCAAGACUCCAGCAACAAAUAUCACAAAGACAAAGAUUACACCAUUAGCAAAUGUCUGCCCUUCAGAACCAGCAUCAGAGUCUAAACCUCCGCUCACCCCUGAGUCUGAGCCUCUUACUCCUGUGUCUUCCUCCUCGGCUUCUCCUGUGCCCUCUUCUUUCCAUUCCACCCAGACAUCUGUUGUUUCCUGCACCACCUCCUUCACCCCUCCUGUGUCUUUAUCCGUUGUUCCUCCUCUGUCCUCCCUGACUCAUCCUGAUUUCAUCUCCUCUCAAUCCAGUCCUGUGUCUUCCUCCCUAAGUUCUGCCCUGCCUUCAGCUCCUACCCUUUCUACCUGUUCAAAACUCACUCCUGUGUCCACUGAGCAAGGCACUCCAGACUCACGAAGAAAAAAACCAACAAAGAGGAAAGAAAACACUUGUGAAUGCCCAAUGCAUAAAGACACAACCAGUUUCCCCUACAAAAAAAUCCUGAGGAAAAGAAUCAGGGAGGGCCAUGCGGAGGUGUUGGUGCAGUGGUAUCCUUGCUCUGGAUGUGGGGCAGAGUGGGAAAACUCAUGGGAACCAAAAGAAAACAUUGAAGAUUAAUACCAUCCCGAAGAUCUGUUUUCCAAUGUUUUGUUUGUUGCUGUUGUUUUUCUAUAUUUGGAGUUUUUCUAUAUAUAAAGUAGAUAAAAUGUUUUGAAAUAAA